AUGGUGAAGAAGAGAGAUGAAAAAGAGGUCGGUAUGAUCAUGGAUGGGGUCAUAGAAGCUAUGCCUCAAUACGCCAAGGAGUUGGUUGCCGGUGGGGUCGCCGGCGGAAUUGCGAAGACCGUCGUCGCUCCACUUGAGCGUGUCAAGAUUUUAUUCCAGACCAGAAGAGCAGAGUAUCAAAGCAUAGGACUAUUUGGAUCUAUCAAGAAGAUUGCAAAGACUGAAGGUUUUCUGGGUUUCUACAGAGGCAAUGGUGCUAGUGUCGCUCGGAUUGUUCCUUAUGCAGCGCUGCAUUACAUGGCUUAUGAACAAUAUCGAAGAUGGAUUAUCCUUUCUUUUCCAAAUUUUGAUAGAGGCCCCAUACUUGAUCUUUUGGCAGGAUCAUUUGCUGGAGGAACCGCCGUGAUUUUUACUUAUCCUCUGGACUUGGUUCGGACUAAGUUAGCAUUCCAGGUUGUUGGUCCGUCAAAGUCAAGUAUUCAUGGGCUAGUAGUUCCCGAGCAUGUAUAUAGAGGAAUUUCUGAUUGUUUCUCGAAAACUUUUAAAGAGGCUGGACUAAGAGGUCUCUAUCGUGGCGUUGCCCCAUCACUUUACGGGAUUUUCCCAUAUGCUGGUUUGAAGUUCUACUUCUAUGAAGAGAUGAAGCGACAUGUACCAGAGGACCACAAGAAAAAUAUUAUGGUCAAGCUGGUAUGCGGGUCAGUUGCAGGUCUGUUAGGUCAGACCUUUACAUAUCCUCUUGAUGUGGUUAGGAGGCAAAUGCAGGUUCAACGUCUACUAGCAUCCAACAGUACGGAGAUGAUGGGAACAUUUGAAACCCUUGCUUUGAUAGCUCGAAAGCAAGGUUUUAAACAGUUGUUUUCAGGUCUAAGCAUCAACUACUUGAAGGUUGUACCAUCAGUAGCAAUUGGGUUUACCGUUUAUGAUGUAAUGAAAACAUACCUAAGGGUUCCAUCUCGAGACGAAGCUGUGGUAGAAGUGGUAACAAAUAAAAGAAACAUCCAAUCGUCCUCUCUUAAUACAUAACAAGUAUUCUUUUCCCAUUCAAAUCAUGUCAUAUUCUAGAAUCAGAAUUCAUUACCUUAGCCUUGAAAUUAUUUGUAUAUGCAUUCUUUCAGUCUGUUUAGAGCUCAUGAUAGUUGCAAGAAUCUAUGAAGGAAUACCGCAAGGCAGAAACAUUUGUUAUUCUUAGGUCUCCAAAAAGUCAAUGUAACUGUCAAAAAUGUAGAUUUAGCACAAGGGUGUACAUAGAGCUGGGAUGUCUUCUGUAAACAAUGUAUGGUCUGUAGGUAACUAAUAAAAUACGAGUCGAUUCGUCAUA